AUGGAAAAGAAAAAAGAUAAAGAUAAAGAAAAACAAUCUUGCUCUAAAAACAAGUCAUAAACUCAGAACAGAUAGAAGGAAAAGGAUGAGUACUUUGAUGAAGCAAGGGCUUCUCUCAUGGAGUCAUCGCCAUCCACACUCCCUUUGCAGAUUCUUCCCAACCGCUUUCAGAGCCCCACAAUAUGCAAAACCCAUUUCUCCUUGCACAGUCUUUGACACUCUCAACCGCACAAAUCUUAGGAGAGAAAGUAAAGAUGGAGUCUUUAAGCAAGAAGUGCUCACUGUUGUUGAUUUCGAGGAAAAAGUGUGUACCAGAUUCCCUGCAACCGCGCUUAUCAUGGCAAAUGCAUUGAUGUUUACUACAGCUCCAGAAGCACUUGCAGAAACAUGUGUAGCUGAGAAUUCUGUUUUCAAUAUGCCAUUGUUGCUUUUUGUUGCCCUUAUAGGAGCUACCGUUGGGGGAUUACUUGCACGGCAGAGAAAAGAAGAACUGCAGCGACUGAAUGAACAGCUGCGCCAGAUCAAUGCAGCUUUGAGAAGGCAAGCUAAGAUUGAAUCUUACGCACCCAGUUUAAGCUAUGCUCCUGUUAGUGGAAGGAUAGCAGACAAUGAAGUGAUUGUGGAUUCAAGGAAGCAAGAGCUAAUAACUCAUCUGAAAAAUGGGAAGAAUUUUUUGAGAAAUCAAGGUCCUGAGAGGGCAUUUUCAGAGUUCAAGUCAGCACUUGAGCUUGCCCAGAAUCUAAAGGAUCCGAUUGAAGAAAAGAAGGCUGCAAGGGGAUUAGGGGCAUCGCUGCAACGGCAGGGUAAGUAUAAGGAAGCAAUCAAGUACCACACUUUGGUUCUGGAAAUUUCUCAAAGAGAAGGAGAGGAGUCGGGAAAUACAGAAGCGUAUGGAGCAAUAGCUGAUUGUUAUACUGAGCUUGGAGAUUUGGAACGAGCUGCAAAAUACUACGACCAAUAUAUUGCAAGGUUAGAAUCAGAUUGAUCUAUCCAUGCCCCUCGGGAUCUCUUCAUUUAGAUUGAUGUUGGAAUAUUUAGUUGAGUUUGUUCCAUGUUUUGCAGAUUGCCAUUUUUGUCCAGACCUUUUAUGUGUAUCCAUGUCACAGUUUCUAUGAGUAAUGCUUAGAAUUAAAUCUAUUUGUAUGAAAUAUGGCUAGAGGCGGAAAUACAGUGGGGCAGUGGGGUCAUCAGUGGUUUCACCUGCCCCCAUCCUAAAUUUGAGAAUUCAAUAUUUUGC